AUGGAGCAGCCCGCGAAGCAGGAUGCGAGUAAGCGCCGCGCAGACGCCGACAGCGACACGCCGGAACCGCCUCGGAGCAAGAAGCGCGCGAAGUACACCCAGGUUGCUUGCAACGAAUGCAAACGUCGCAAGCUAAAAUGCACCGGUGAGGCGGUGUGUGCGCGGUGCGUGCGCGAUCAGGUGCGCUGCGUCUAUGCGCCUGGUGCGCAUGCUGUUGGUUCGCUCGGUGGUGGUGGUAUUGGUUCGUACACCUCGGUUCCGAAUACUCCGGUUAGAGGUGAGGAGGAGGGUGGGAAGGAGGAUCGGUUGCGGAUCGUGGAUUUGCAGAUCGAGGCCCUGCAGCGCGAGAUGCGGGCUAUGGCUUCUAGGAUGCGUGUGCUUGAGGGAGGGGGAGUCACCACGCCUGCGAAUCACAUCCCCACGACUGGGUCGACGAUCUCCUCCACUUCCGCGAGUGCGGGUCUCCAUCGCAUUAUGAAUCGGCCUAAGUCUCCCACGUAUGUUGGGCCCACGAGUGCGGAGUUUGGGAUUGCGGGGCCGAGGGGGACGGGGGAUGGAGCUGAGGCGGAGGAUGAGGAGGAUGAUGACGAACAGGAUCUCGAGUCCACGACUGCGCCCAGUCCGAUGCCUCCUGGCGAUGGGGAGGGGCUUGCAUCGGCGACCGAUCCGUUGCGGUGUCUGGGCUUGACCGAGGCGUUGCGCUUGGUCACCGUCUAUGAACAUACCGUUGGGUUGAUCUAUCCCUGUGUCGAUCUGGAUAGUGUGCGGGCGUAUGUGGUGGAUUAUUUUCGCGAUGGCGGUGGCGGCGCUGGGGUCGCGGGUGAGGACGAUUGGUUCUUUGCACGCGAUGCGGAGGUGCUGAAGAUCUUGCUGGCUACCGCGUUGUUGGCUGAGUCGCAUGGUCGGAGUGAGCGGGCGGCGCUGCUCGCUGAUCGCGUUGAGGAUCAGUUCGGUACGCGCAUGAAGGUGCCGGAGGUGGAUAUGAAGGAGUUGCUUAUCUUGGCGUUGUUGUCGAUCUUCCACUCCUACCGCGACGACGAGGUGAUCGCCUGGCGGACGAUCGGGUUGGCCGUGCGCGGUGCGGUGCAACUGGGGCUACACUGCCAGGAGACCUGGCUGAAGACCGGCGGCGUGUUUCCCGGCGAGCUGCACCGCACCUGGGCGAGUCGGCUGUUCUGGUGCAUUUAUGUGCUGGACCGCAAAUGGUCGUUCGGCACCGGGCUGCCCUUCGCUAUCCAAGACUCCGACAUGGACACCAAUCUCCCCGAGCCCGGCACCACGACCCCCUACCUCACCUGCAUGAUCUCUUACGCGCGCCUGAGCUCCAAGAUCUGGGGCCUGGUCGUCGGCUGGCGCACACGGCCGCGCGCCGCCACCACCGACUACUGCGCCUACCUCGACUUCCAAGUCCAGCAAUGGAUCCAGUCCAUCCCCUCAGAACUCCGCUUCGACCCUUCCCACCGCGCCACGGCCGGCGGCUCCCCAACCCACGCCGACAGCAUGAUGACCCUGCAAGUUCUGCUAGCGCUGCAAGCCAACCAGCUCCGCAUCCUCGUGUACCGACAGUACCUGCUGAGCAGCGAGAGCAUCGAGGACAGCGUGGCGGGGGCGUCCAUCGCCGUCGAAACCGCCAAGAGCACCGUGCACAUGCUGGAUUACUUCAGCCGCGUCUCGGACAUCUACUACCAACGCCCCGAACCCUUCAACUACUUCCUCAUCUCGGCGCUCGCCGCAUUGUUCCUCGCUGUCCUGCACGCUCCCUCCCGGUUCAGCCAGGUCUGUCGGCCUGAGUUCUACAAAGCAGUCGACAUGGUCAGACGAUCGUCCACCCGAGCGCGCACCUCCCGCCGCCUGCAGAAGAUCAUCCGGAGUCUAAAAGUCAUCCGCUUGAAUCUGGGGAAGGACUCGCGAGCGACAGCUGCGACGCCACUACCGCGGGAGAGGGGCAGUGCAGGCGGGUUCACGGAGGGUCCGGCCUGCACCGCGGGGCUGUAUACACCCGGGCACUCGCAGUAUGAUGUCUCUUCUUCGAAUGGAGGGGAAGGCGCACGACCGCAGCAUACUUCGGCUGGUGGGCUGUGGUCGCUGGCUUCGACGGCGGGGAAUCUUGCUCCUGCGGAGACGGGGGCUCAGAAUAGUUGUGAGGACUUGACCACGUUCUUUGAGAUGGCUGGGGGUCUGUAUUUUGAUCCCAGAGUGCAGGGCGGCGGUGAGGGGGUUGCCGUCCUGGCCGAGGGGCUCGGGGGCGAGUUGGCUGCCGAGGAUGAGGCGUUGACGAGGGUCAUGGCUGAUCUUUUGUGA